AUGCCUGUCCCCCUGGAGAACAACCCGGAGUCGGAGAGGCCGGAGGUGCUCCACUUCUGGCCCAGCGUGCCCACCAUCCCUGCGGGGAACAAAAAGGACCUGCCGAACAGCCCGCACACGCUGCUCGAGCUCGCCAAGGCGAAGCAAGCGGGGCGGCAGGAGGACUACGACCGGUUGCGUCCGCUGUCGUACUCGUACACGGCCGGGAUCCUGGUGCACUUCAGCAUCGACUCGCAUGUCUCCCGGGAGGCCGGAGCAUCGUCUCGCAUGUCUCCCGGGAGGCCGGAGGUGCUCCACUUCUGCUCCAGUGUGCCCAUCAUCGUUGCGGGGAACAAAAAGGACCUGCCGAACAGCCCGCACACGCUGCUCGAGCUCGCCAAGGCGAAGCAAGCGGGGCGGCAGGAGGACUACGACCGGUUGCGUCCGCUGUCGUACUCGUACACGGCCGGGAUCCUGGUGCACUUCAGCAUCGACUAG